CCAGCCCCCAUCAAUCCCUACCACACGUGAAGAAAUUUACCAUUGAUUACAGCAAACACAAAUUUUUCUUAUUUUUGUAGAAACUUAAUUUAAAAACCCCAUGGUUCUUGAGAAAACUGAGUUCCAAUUCAACCUUUUGUGACCCUAACUGGCAGGAUGUGACACAGGCUGGCAGGGCUCCCUUAUCUUGUAUAAAUUGUGAGCUGUACCUCAGAGUAUCAGGUUGCAAGUGAUCUUUCGUUAUCGGAAGCUGAAGCACACUUUUAUAAAAUCCUGUUAGCCAACAGCUACACAAACACAGCUGAAUUCAAAACACAAUAGAGACAGGAUUCUUGGAAAUUACAGUAGCACCUUUAAAAAAUGAUAAGAGGACUGGGAUGUUUUUUUGAAGUGCCUGUUAGGAAAGCAGGGUUUGGCAGACUCUGCCCCAAGGGUUGUAACCCAGCUGUGAUGCCAAGUGAAACCUGGAAUGAAGCUUCACCCAUCUCUGCCCUUGUGGCUCAGGAGCUGACCAACACUGCAGAGCAAAGCUGAGCUGCACCAAGUGACAUAUCAGAGACAUCCAGAGCCCUCCUCUUGCAUCCUUCACCUAAGGCCAUGGGGCAAGAUGGCAGUAGCAUUCAUGUGCACUGAUCACAGGACUGGCGCACUCAAGGCCACUCACUAAACAAUGCAGCAGGAUUUAAUCCAGCACCUGUGGGCACACCACCAAGGACAAGGGUGUUGAGGCACACAUCAGAGGUUGAGAUAAGAAGAUGAAUCUCAAGUUACAUGCCCUAUAAAUUGGACCAUUUAAUGAGUCUUUCUUAAUUCACACUGGAGCUGCUAGGACUCUACUCCGGACGCAAAACCAGCCUGGUUUACAUUUAGCUUUAAAUGAUGCUGUCUCCACAGCUGCACAAAAUCUUAGCAGUAGCUUUUUUCCUGCUCGCAUUCUGUGCUCAAGGUAAACUUGCAGGAUUUCUUCCACGGUUCCCUUUCAAGCCUUUUUUUGGAGAUAGGAGCAGCAAUGAAGAUGAACAACAAAUACCAGAUCUCACUCCUCUGGCUGGUAAUGAACAUGGGGACCCUAUCCAUCAGUUAGAAUAUCGGAUUUCCAGACUGGAAGGAGUCCUUCGCUUGAACAAGAUGAUAACAGAGUCUGGAGGAAAAAUCUUUGCUACCAGUGGAAAAAGAGCUGAUUUUGAUGCUACAGUGGAAAAAUGUAAAGAGGCUGGAGGCUCUAUUGCCACUCCAACGAGCCCCGGCGAGAACGAUGCCAUUCUGUACUUUGUGAAAUAUUUUAACACCUACGCCUACCUGGGCAUAAAACAAUCCCUUAUUCCAGGAAGAUUCCAGCUCCUGAACGGUGCUCAGCUGAGCUACACUAACUGGGCAGUUGACUUCAACAUGAGGCAAUGAAAGCUCUCCAUCAGCUCCAUGACAUGGUGCAAAGGCUGGCUGAGCAUCUGGGGAUGCCUCCAUAAAGCCAAAUUCCUGACUGUGAGCCACACUCAUUCACACUGUGUUAGUCCCAGCUGGGUCACAGAAACCUGAGCAAGGACACGUGCAGCUCUAGAGACAGAUCAGCUCCCGUCACCCUCUGCAAGACAGGGAGACAGAACAGCCAAAGUAGGGAAGGUAACAGGGGAGGGGAGGUGUGCUCACAGCUCAUGUGAACCUGGGGGGCAGCAAAGAGGCUCUUGGAGCUUUGUAGCUGUGCAAACCA